UUCUCUGACGCAGCAGACGACACCAGCGUCCCAAUGCCCUCGUGUGUUGCAAGUCACACUGCCAUAACAUGUAGUAAUCGGGACAGCAAUGUGCUAGCAAGUAUGCGAAGGAGUGGUGGGGGUGGGGGAGGGGGAGCAGGAGGGUUCAACAAACCACCCCCAGCUCCCCUCACCCACGGUGGAGCUGGCCGGGUGAGGCUCCACACCCCUGAUCUCACAGCAGUGGUCCUCAGCAAGGAUAGAUUUGGGCCAGCAAGGGAGAGAUCACCCAGCACCCUGCCACUCUCCCCGUCACAUCCUGCCAGUAGAGAGAAGUCUCCCAACCCAUCUUCUCACCACCUUGACCUCCAUGACUGCUCCAUGUGUCUCUCAGCUUACCUCCAGUCACUGAACACCGUAUGUGGAACAGCUUGUCGACUCUCCCAGUGCUUGGCACAGGCAUGUGGAGAGGAGACUGGACCAAGUCUUGCUAAAGAGGUGGCUGAAGCAUGGGAGGGUGUGGCCCGGGCAGUGGGAGUAGCCUCUGCUGCUGUGAAAUCCCAAAUGCUAGUGUUGGUGCAGGAAGCGCAGAGCAAUCGCCAAGACCUGGGAAUCUCUCAGUCAGACCGUAGGGCUGACCUACAACGGGUUGUGUUGACUAUGCUAUCAGCCUUCCUGGGGCUGCAGCAGCAGUUUUCGGUGGCUGUGCUAGAACGUUUUUCUGGGGUGGUGGCAGGCCUUAGGGAGGAAGGACUAAAGCAGGGUUUUAGCCUCCUCUCUGACCUCCCUGCCUCAGCUCAGCACCUGCAUCAUGGGACAGGUGCCAGGGAGAGCCCCAGUCUGGAAGAUAAGACUCCUGGUCGUCCACCCUCAACUUGUAGUUCCAGAUCCCAGACUGCCUGGACUGGUCCAGCUAGUCCUGGGGCUAGCACCCUCUCUCCUGGAACCUGCCACACCCUUACUCCUGGCUCAGCCUGGCCCCCUGAUGCCAUUUCACGUCGCUGGUCCAUGGUGGAUGGGUGGUCCAGUCUGGGCUCCUUUAGUCUGUUAGCCAGUCGACGUUGGUCUGUACCUGAGGCUGAUGGGGAAGGUGGGACUGCCACUGGGGCUGGGCCCUGGGGCGGCUUAACACCCACUUCUAGAGACAGUAGUGUCACCCGCAGUCCAACACACAGCCGAUCCACCACUCCCGGUAACAUUGCUAGUGAUCCAAAUCGGCAGAGUACCUUCAUCAGCAACGAGGAGCUGCAGGACGUGAUAGAUCUGCUCUCCAUUCCUCUCUUUGAUGCCCCUGCAGCAGGAAAGGUAGGGGAAGGAGGUCAGCAUGGCUUUGAUGGUGGAGGAGGUCCUGGAAGGAACAGUUUUGAUGGUGGAGUUGGUGGGAGAAAUAGCAUCGAUAGUGGAGGAAGAAACAGCUUUGAUAGUGGACUAGGAGGAAGGAAUAGUUUUGAUAUUGGUGGAGGCAGCAGAAACAGUUUUGAUGGAGGAGGAAGUGGAGGAAGAAAUAGCUUUGAUGGAGGGGGAGGUGGGAGAAGCAGCUUUGAUGCAGGAGGAGGAGGAGGAAUAUCUCCAGUAGGUCUGAGUCCAACGCAUCACCUUCACCAGCAAAAUCCCAUCCACUCAAGCCAUCAUCCCUCCAUUGCUCAGCUUUUUGAAGAAGCAACAAAACAGCAACAGCAGCCGUCAUCCAUGAAGCCACCACAGUCCCCACAGCAGUCACAGUACCGUGACCAACAUCAGUCUUCACAGCAACAAUUGCCUUAUCACCAUCACCAUCAUCAUUCCCACCAUCAACAGCAGCAGCAAAAACAGCAGCAACAACAGCAACAACAACAGCAACAGCAGCAACAGCAACAACAACAGCAACAGCAACAGCAGCAGCAGCAGCAACAACAACAACAACAGCAGCAGCAACAGCAACAGCAACAGCAGCAACAACAACAACAACAACACCAACACCAUCCUCACCCUCAUCACCACCAGCAACAUCACCAUCCACACCAUCAGCACCACCACCAUCAUAGCAGUCAGUCACAGCCAUCUUUCAGCCAUGGUUCAACUCCCAGCACCAGGUGUUCCUUGGGAGAGAUAGUGGUUGAAGCCCCUGAUGCAGGCUCUCACGUCAGCACGCCCCUGUGGCCCCCAUCAGGAAUUGCCCCAGGUGUGACAUUGACGGAGUGUCCUGGAGCCAGUGGGGAUCAGGAUUCACCACUGCCGCCAUGGACAGAGGGCGUGGGGUGUGAGCGGCGGGGGGGUGGGGGGGUACAGGCCCGGGAAUCAGCCCACCGAGCCUCCUGGCCCGCUGCAGCCCCUCCUCCCUCCCUCCUGUGGGCUGGUCUGGAGGGCUUGACCACAGCAGGUGAGAGGCCAGGAGGAGGGGAAGAUGAAGGACUAGCAGGGACAAGCAGUAUCUCUCCCACCUGCUCACCCCAGUACCGGCGACACUCAACAGACACUACUCAUUUGGCACCCCUCCAUCCCCACCAUUUAGCUGCCACCUCCACCACCACCCGUGGUACUGCUGCUGCUGCUGCUGCCGCUGCUGCCACUACUGCUUCUGCCACAAUAUCCAAGACACGAAGUACAGACAACAUUGCUCAGGUGCGUGCUGGAGGGAGCUGCCAAGGAAGUGGUCCAGGAGGAAGCUGUCUAGAUUCCAAUCUUCAACACCUCCUUCUCCUCAACUCCCUUCUGCCAGCUUCAUCUCCUCCUUCCCCAACUUCACAAUACUCCCUUUUCACAUCAUGAGGAUGCCCCAAUCACAGUAGCAUGCAAGCUACUGAUCACUGGUAUUCCAACAAGGUACGUGUUCUUAUGAGAUGUGCUGGCAUAUAGCCUUAUCACCAUGGUUUCUAACAUUUUGACUUUCUUUUUGUGAUUGGUUUAGUCCAUGGUAGCUGGCUCUGGAAGGCAACUGGACCACUUAAUUUUCUAUGAAUAUUUAGUUUGAUUUACAUUUUGAUGGACUGCAUAUUUAAUCUCUUUAAAUUCUCUGUAGGUCCUAAUGGCUGGUCUUAAGUUACAUCCUAGCAUGUAGGAGGCUGUAGAGACCAUCAUUCAUCUUGAUUACUUAGGUGUGAUAUCAGGUACUCUGAUUCUUGAUAAAAGCCUUCAGCUAUAUUGUAGCUGAAAUUUGUAUUAUGUAGGCCUCUUGCUUCAUCAAAGCAGUUAAUCAAUAUACAUUGACUGUGAAAGAUGUUAAAAGCUAAGUAAAAAAGUAUGCAGCUAUGGCUGACACAUGUUUAAACAGCACUGAAAUGCAAUGCCUUGAUUUUUUUUUUAGAUUCUGAAGCCAUGUGGUUAGUGAUUGGGGAAAUUUCCUUGGGAAAAUCAAAAUAUUACAGUAUGAUUAGACAUUAGUGGUGGCAAAAAUUUGUCCAAUCAUUUCAUACAUUGCUUGGUUGUAUGUAUUUAUUUAUUUAUUUAUUUAUUUAUUUUUUUUUUUUUUUGCCACAAACCUAAAAUCAAGUUAUUGUUUACUCUCUCAAGUGGAGUGUUCUUGUGAUGCAUGCUGUGUCAGGCAUAGAAUGAUGCAUCAGUGCAGCUAAAUUGACAGGCUUGUGAGUCCCUCCACUCAGUGAGAGUAUGUGUUUUAUGUUUAAAUUCCUGUCUAUGACAGGUUUUUUGGCCCAGCCAAUCAUAAAUUUUGCAACCAUUUAGUAUAUAAAAUAUUCCUUCAUAGGAUAAUGCUGAAUAUGUAUUGAUAAUAAUUGUCUCUUUGUUACAGAGAUUCCUUUAUAGAGAAUAAUUUUCAGUGUUGAUAAAACUGAUCUUAUAUUGAUAUAGAUAAAAAUUGUUUUCCAUAAGAUUAUAUAGUGUCAUUGUGUCACUAAGAAAUGUUUGUGUGUAUCUUGUGUAAAGAGCCAUAUUAAUUAGUGUUUAAGCUUCAUAUAAUCCCCUUUUUGUGUACUGUUGUUAUAUUAAGUUUGAGAAGUAGUUGUGUUUCUGGCAGACACAUUCUAACAUGUGAAAGUGUGAGUAUUGAUUCAACAUUGUUUUGGAGAGUUAUCAUUUAAGACUCCAAGUAAUUUGGUGGCUGGAGACACUUAAUUCUUUGUACUUGUGCAGCAUCCUACCAAGAUUUAAAAUUUUUCCUAGUGAAUUGCAAAUAUGAAUGUGAUACAUAAACCUUGAAGCAAA